GAGGCGUAAUAAGUUUCCCUCGUUUUAGUUAAAGUUCAAAUUUCAAAAACAACCCCAACAACUCUCUCUCUCUCUCUUAAAUUCACUGAGCCAGCGAGUGAGUGAGUGAAUGAGUGAUUAAACCUUCAGCAAGAAUCGUCUCAUAUAUGAGAUAAUGAUAUGUGAAUUGUUGAACAGAGAAAUUAAAUUGAUUUUCAGAUCAGUUUUUACAUAUUUAGACACCUCAGUUUCUCGAGCUAUGGGCUGUUUUUUUGGAUGUUUUCGUAUUACCGACGACGGCGACGAUCAUCAACGCCGCCGCCGUCAUCCUCAUCUCGUCGCUAAUUCCGCUCGAUCUGUUAUUCCGCCUGAAGCUGUUAUGUCUAAGAAUCGUUUAUCGGCUCUAUUUUUAACUGAAGUUGAAAAAGAGAGAGAAGAUAUAGAAAGCAAUUACGGGAGACGGGGUGAUUCUUUGGGAUCUCCACAAAUCAACAAGGAGUUGAUAGCUGAGGCUAAAUUUCUGAAAGCCUCCGGUACACUACCUGAGACACCUGCUGAGAUUCGGAAAGCAUCUGAGAAGUUAAGGUAUUCGCCUCCUCCAGAUGGUAAUGAAUCAAAAUCUUCAGAUUAUCAUUCAUGGCUUCCAAAUACAUCUCUCAAGAAGCUACAGCUGGAUAAGCAAAUUGUCGAGCCAUUUUCUCCUAUCAAAGUUUGUGAAGAUUGGGGUUGCGGUUCUGUUUCUUCGGAGCAGACACCCAGCAGCUGCAUAUCCAAUGAGCAGAACACUGGAAUGGUAUCUGCUAGCUCUGUUGAAGAUGUUACAAAUGUCCCUUUCAAGAACAAAUCAGUUCGCUUUGAUUGCAAUUUUGAUACAGCUUCAUCUAAAGGAUCUUCAUCUGAAAGUCAGCGUUAUGUUUUGGGGAGAUAUAAAUCCCCUGGGGAUAUGAGUGUGUCAAAAAAUUCUCCUAAACCAACUCCUUUAAAGCUUUCUGACGAAAUGCAAACACCUGGAACUGUUUUCCCUGCAAGUGUAGAAGGUUUAGCAAAUGGAAAGACUAGGAUUAGAUCCCAAUAUGUGCAUCCUGUUCUGAAUCCAGUGGAGAAUGCAUCUCAAUGGAAGGUUCUACAGCAAGGUGCUUCUAGUUUCCAUGAACAGUUAAGUGAGCUCAAAGAAUCUCCUGAACAGCUGGAAAAUUCAACACCUAAGUCAGAAGUUGGAGUGAAAGACACUUCUAGGCAAGAAUCAAAGGUGGAAGCAAGUCUAUCUUCUUGGCUCAAACCCCGAGAAUCAACUCGUAUGGAUAAUACAAUAGAUGAUGGAAGUGAAUCUGCUAAAAAAGUUUUUGGUAGAACUCCUAUGGACAGGCCUAUUAUUGGAAUGGUUGCUGCUCAUUGGAAUGAAAAUGAACCAACUCAAAUCUCCCCCAAGUGGUGGGAUGGGAAUGGUAUCCCAAAUUCAACUAAUAAAUACAAGGAAGAUCAGAAAGUUAGUUGGCAUGCUACGCCAUUCGAGGAGAGGUUAGAGAAGGCACUGUCUGAAGAGAGUUUCAUUUCACAAAAGAAGUCUAUAAGCGGGAGACCCAUAGUUUUCGAUGAGCACGAUGAAAGUGAUACUGCUCUUUCUACAUUCCAGGCUUCAACACAUUCCAAGUCAGUUAUUUCAUUCUGACGAUUAAAUGGCGUAUUGCUUGGUGUUGUGAGAUUAUAUUGAAGUUGACAUGUGGUGGAUGCACUUUACAUUUACUGAAUGUGAAUUGAAAUGUCAGAUUCCAUGGUUUUGGUUGUAUGGAUUUUGAACUAAAAUGAUUCAAAGAGAUUUUCCAAUAUUGUUGUUAAUAUAGAUUGUUAGCAGCACCAGGAGGAGGCAGGAGCUGCUUAGAAUGUAAAUCAGUUAUCAAAACUCUCGGAUAAUGAUAAUCUUUUUCGAGCA